AUUCAGUAUUUCAGUCUACAGUUGUCAGUUACAGUAGUACUGGUACACUUCUACACUUUAGUUACGUCGUUGUGUGUACGUCGCAGCCGCUGUUUGUCGAGUGUCGCAGCCAUAUUGGAGUUAGGACGUACGAGAUCAAUUGAUCACCAUAAGUCAAAACAGUGACAACGACGAGAAAAAUUAAUUUCAACAAUUUUGCUGCGUAAAUUACAACCGACAGGAACGAGCCUACAGCGACAAAUUAUUUUGUUAUUGCCGAAAUCGCUCUACGUGCGCACAGUUAAAACAAUAUUAUUGCCAUCAUCACGACAGGUUAAGUCUGAUACCGUUGUUACGUCGAGCCGCCGCUCGAAAUUGUCGUCGUUUAUAUUUCGACAACAGUUAACUAUUUUUUUUUUAUUGAUUUCCGUUUUUACAUAAUAUAUAACUAUCAAAUCUUCCUCUGCGCUCAUCUAGCCAUCAGUGCCAUUAAGAUUGUUUUUUGUCUGGAAUAUUGUACCGAAGAAAAAUCCUAAAACCGUUUCAAAUGAAGGUCAUAGGUGCCGAUACAUACUCAAAGAUUGUUACGAUGACUGAACUGUUUUAUUAUUUCCACGGCGGCAACGCGCCAGCUAAUCGAUAUCGUCAGUAGACGACCGAGUCCGCCAUUUUGAACUGUUUAUCAACGAAAUUUAAACACAGAUUUAUGUUCACGUGGAGAAGCGUUACAACAAGCACUCAAGCGCCAAAGUCCACCACGUACGCCGCUCACAUUGCACGUCAUACAUCCAUUCUCUGUCGGGACGAUCGAUUUUAAAUUAAUUUUAUUUCUAUUUUUACUGCCUUCCUAUAGACAGGAAAACAUAAAAAAAAAAACGCAAACACAACUUCGAUGUUUUAUAGUAUUUUUAAAUUACGAUAUUUAUUUUUGUGAAAGAAAGACAAUUAGUGCCAAACCAUUGUAUAAAUCGUAUUUUUACGUUUACGUUCAGAGACGCACAACAAAAACGCCAUGCCACCAAUUGAUCCCAUGCAGUUAUUAAACUGCUUAAAAGUUUUGCUAAAUGAAGAUUCUGGCGGUCUCAAAGGGCCUCCUGAAGCAAUGCAAAUAUCCAGGUUAAUGGCAAAAUUUUCAAAAAAAAUUGUUAGUAAAAGCUUAUAUGUUUUUAUUUUAAAAGAAUCCACUCCACAUUUAUUAAAUAUAUUCAUGGAUGCCGGUGGUUGGAAUUUAAUUUAUAAUUGGUUAAAAGAUGCUGUAGAAACAGAUAAUAUUGUACUAAUUCAAGAUCUAUUAACAAUUUUUCAUAUUGUACCUGUAACAAUGGAACGACUAAAAGCUAAUGGAGGACCAAAGUUAGUCAAAAAGUUAUCCAAAACUCAUAUUGAUAUAGAAGUGAAAUCACUCGCACAACAAUUAGUUGAAAAAUGGUUAAAGGUAGUUAAAACUGAACAAUGGCAUAGUAUGAUGAGUGAUAAAGAAAGCUUAACAAAACUUGAAACUCUAGAUAACUUAAAACCUGAAACUGGAGGAAAUUUAAUAUUAAGUGUACCUAAAACAGAUUCUGGGGUUUCUUCAGAAUUGAUGAGUGAUCCUUCAGAUUGUAAAACAAAAAUUGACAAAUCUAAAAAUAAAUGUGAAAAUGAAAAAGUCAAAGAUAGAAUUAAAAAAGAAAAAAUUAACUUAAAUAAUAAAACUGAGCUUGACAAAAAUAAAGAAAAACCUAAAAUUGAAAAAGAAAAGGUUAAAGAUGAUUCUGACGAUGCCAAAGAGAAAAAGCGGCGUAUAAAAGAUAAAAAUGGGAAUCCAUUUUUAAGAAUAAUUGGAGAAAUGACUGAUGAAAAAUCUGAUGAAGACAAACAAAUAGAAAAUGAUAAUUCAAAUUUAACUAAACAUUCAAAUCGACGAAAACAAAAUUUAAAAAAUCCUUCAUCAGGAGAAAGAUUUAUGAAAUUAAAAUUAUCCAAUGAUAGCAAAAAAAGCAGUGAUUCCAAUUCUAGUUCAGAUAUAAAAAAAGAAUCGCGACCAUUACCACCGCCAGCUCCAAAACCUAAAUUGCCAGAAUCUAAGACAAUUUUAGAAAAAAAAAAUUAUUCAAUUCAUGUAGAAAAAAAAGAUUAUGUGGGUGAUAAAAAACCAACUGUUAAAACGUUUAAGUCAAAAUUCCGAAGUACUGGUUUAGAAGAACAAGCCCCACCUCCACCUCAUCCUAAAUCUAAAGCACAAUCUAAAAAAUCAACCAAGACUCUAUCAUCAUUACCUUUAUCAAAAGCAGAAAAAAGAAGUUUGUCACCUCCAUCCGAUUCUCCUCAAAGUGAAAAGAAACUUAAGAACUCUCCUUCGGACAACAAGAAACUACCACCUAAAAUUAAAGAGAGCGGUUUGUUUAUGGAUGCAAUGUUGAAUGUCCUUAACUCUGCUCCAAAAGUCACAAAAAAACGAAAACCUAAACCUGAUGCUAUUAAAAAAAACCAAGACUCUCCCCCGUCGGCUAUCCCGCUGUCGCCUGUGAAGUCUGACUUACCAUCGCCACCAAGAUCUCCAGUACAUUCGCCAUCAACGUUGGAUUUGGAUUCUUUAGUUUUACCACAACCCUUGACGAACGCCAACGAGUCUCUGUCAUUUUCAGAAUCGAUUACGCCUUCAGAUUACGUACCGUUAUCGGUAGAAAAUAAUACUUCUGAUGAUGUAACCCUCGAUCCAGAAGCAGAGUUAAAUGUUGAACCGAUAGUUGAAAAGCCACCACAACUUAAGUUUUAUCGAGACACUUUACUGGAUUCUACAAACGAGUCACUCAAUACUGAUGAACCCGAAGAAAAAGUCCUAGUCAAAAGUCCUAUUGGCGAAUCAACUACGAAUAAUUGCAACGACAAGAAAAGCGGUAUGCGAAGUGUUCUGGUGUACGUCAGAAAUAAAUCGUCAAAGAAAUCGGUUUCGUGGAAACAAGAAAGCGAUUUGGUGAAAGUUUCUUAUUUUGAACACGACGAAACCGAAAGAGUAAAUGUAACAAAAAACUUUAAAGCUAUGGAAAUGCAUGAACGAGAUAUUGAAAGACAAAAUUUCAUUGCUGUUCGGAAAUUAAAUGCUGCUGAUAAUAUGGAAUCAAAGACUCCUUGGAGGUAUUUAGACAAUAGCUUGUUAGUUGACUUACCAGAAGAGCCUGGUAAAGAAAAAAUAGAACCUGGCAGUGGUAGUCAAGAAAAAAAGAAACAGACCCUUAGAGAACAAUCAGUUUUGCAAGCUAUUUACUUUACUAGAAAUAUGAUACCGGAUUCACCAGAAGAACCUGAUCAAAUGGAAAUAAUCGUACCAUACUCUGAACCAUUAAACAUUCCUUUAGAAGAUAUGUCAGGGGAUACUGCUCCUAUAUACAACUAUGUAAGCAUUUCUUGGCCAGAAUCUAAAGGUGAUCAACCUCCCGUUGUAGAAUUUCCUAUUGGAAUGAACAAUAUGAUGCCAAUGCCCAAUAUGAUGAUGCCACAACCUCAGUUUCCAGUGUUCGGGGGUAACCAAAUGAAUUGGGGUAUGCCACCUGAAAAUAUGAUGGGAAUGGGUCCUCCGGCAAACAAUAUGUACAUUCCUCCUAACCAGAUGAUGAUGAAUAAUCAGAUGUUUAUGGGCGAUCAGAUGCAACAACAGCCUCAGCCCUUACCACUGCAACAGCAACCACCACCACUACAACAGCAACAACAACAACAACAGCAACAGCAACAGCAACAGCAACAACAUCAUCCACCACCUGUUCAAGAAGACCAAUGGAUGGGUCCACCUGGACCUCCAAUGCAACAUGAUCAACAUUGGGGCCAACAGCAACCUCCUCCUAACAACGGACCACCACAUUUUGAAAGAGGUGGUGGCGGCCGUGGUCACACUAGAUGGGACAACCCUAGGGGUGGUAACUAUGACUCGUAUCGAGGCAAAAUGAACCGUAAUAAUCAACGAGGUAAUAGAGGAGGUCCUUACAAUCGGAGAGGUGGUCAUCCAGGCAACGGAAGAGUAGGUGGCCGCUUAUGUAAAUAUUAUGCGAAACAAGGUUUUUGUAAAACUUCAAACUGUGCCUUUCUACAUUCAAAAUGUUAAUGUAAUCAGUACAUUUUAUUAUUAUUAUUAUUAUUUUUUUGUCAUGAAAUAAGACUGAAUAACAUUUAAGAUAUGUAGUAGUAGUUCUCUCACCCUUUAUUCUUGAUACUUAAUGACAAGCGAUAUUGUAUAUAUAAUUAUAAAUAUUAUGUAUAAUUGUACACAUUUUGUUAAAACCAAAUAAUUGUUAAAUACAUUUUAUUUCAAGAUAAAGUUAUUAUUAG